AAGUUGAAAAACCUACACGUUUUCAGAACUACUAAUAAUUUCAGUAAAUGACAUCUGAAAACUAAAUGUCAAUUCAUAUUCAAAAUUUUCAAGUUCAAGAAGCCCAAAUGCAUCCCAUUCUACGUAUAUAUCUUCCCAUCACUGCCAUUAUAUUCCUCUUUUAUUACUGCAAUGCAGAAAUGCUAGAAAGUUGCAGACCAAGUGAUGUCCACAAACCACCCCGCGGUUCCAUACCUAUCGAUUCCAAAGAGUACCUGAAAUGCAACAAGAUGCGGCCGGUUGUUUCUCCCAAGAUAAAGGAAAAGUUGAGGGAUUUCUACCUAAGCGAUAGAACUCUGGUAGAAAUACAGAGAAGAUUCUUGAUCGAUGUUAACAAAGGUCUAGCGAGAAAUACGCAUGAAUCAGCAGUUGUUAAAUGUUACGUGACAUAUGUUCAAGACCUACCUACUGGAAAUGAAGAGGGAAAAUGUUUAGCGUUGGACUUGAGCGGUACUUUUCUUAGAGUACUCCUAGUAGAACUCAGUAAGGAGAGUUUCGAAAUGCGAUCCAAGCUUUUUGCCAUACCCAAACACAUAAUGCUUGGUUCUGGAGAACAUUUGUUCGAUCAUGUUGCUGACUGUUUGUAUAAAUUCAUGAAAGAAGAGAACCUACUCUCCGAAACCUUACCCUUAGGUUUCACAUUCGGUUUUCCUCUGAUUCAGAAGAGUUUAACAUCUGGUAUUUUGAGGAGAUGGACCAAAGGAUUCAAUUGUACCGAUACCGAGGAGCAUGAUGUAGUUCAAUUAUUACAAGAUGCUAUCAAUAGGAGAGGCAUAGAAGGGCAUGUUCGAGUAAGAGCUAUAAUCAACGAUACCACUGGUACACUUAUAGCUUCAGCGUUCCAAAAUCCGAAUACUAGAAUUGGUGUCAUAGUUAGCACAGGUAGCAACGCCUGCUAUCUGGAAAAGCAAUCGAAUGCCGAGCUAUUCGAUGGAGUCAAUAUGGGAUCGGGCAACGUUCUGAUAAACUGUGAAUGGGGUGCAUUCGGAGAUGACGGUAGUUUGGAUUUCAUUCGUACUUCUUUCGAUAAAGAAAUUGAUGAGCACACUGUGAAUCCUGGAAAGCAGCUCCAUGAAAAAAUGAUUUCAGGAAUGUAUAUGGGAGAACUGGUAAGAUUGAUUCUGGAAAAAUUCACAAAGGAAGGUCUCCUUUUCAAAGGUGUUGGUUCGGAUCUCUUAUUCACAAAGGACAGAUUCAACUCCAAAUAUGUUUCCGAAAUCGAAUCAGAUCGAUUUGGCACAUACACCAACUGUAUAGAAAUCCUUGAAGAAUUAGGUUUGAAACAGGCCACCGAACAAGACUACAUCAAUGUAAGGUUCAUUUGUGAAAGUAUCUCGAAAAGGGCAGCUUAUUUGGUUGCUAGUGGUAUUUCGGCGCUCUUGAAUAAGAUCGGCGAAAAAGUGGUAACCGUUGGAAUUGAUGGAUCGGUUUAUAGAUACCAUCCACAUUUUCAUAAUUUAUUAGUUGAAAAAAUAAGCCACCUUGUAGAUCCAGGUAUACAGUUCGAGUUGAAACUAUCCGAAGACGGCAAUGGCAUGGGUGCUGCUCUCGUUGCAGCAGUUGCAGAACAAUACAAUAUUAUGUAAUUUAUAAUCAAUUGUAAAAUGUAAAAUGAACUAUGUAAAGAAGAAACCUCAAUAAAACUCUUGAAAUUCCUAA